UCUAUUUCUCUCUCUGUUCAGUGUGUGUGUGUUCAGUGUGUGUGUGUGUUCAGAGACAAGUGCCUUCAUCUGAGCUGCUGAGUUACUGCUACUGAGUUCAUCCUACACUUCAGGAUGAAAUUAUUUCUCCUCUUUUUCACACUGAUGUGUGUGAAGGACACUGAAGCACAGACGAAACACCACCAAAUGGAAAUAGUCGCAUGCUCAAACACGGAUAAGGAGUAUAUGAGAGGGGCCGAUGGAGAGGAGAAGUUUUAUGCAGAUUUUGAGAAGAAGAAGGGAGUGAUAAUGCUGCCUCCGUUCGCUGAUCCGAUCCAGUUCCCCGGAGCUUACGAGUUCGCCGAGAGUAAUAUGCCCAUCUGCCAACAAAACUUACAGGUGCUGAUAAAAGACUUUAAAGACCAGCCGGUGGCACAGGAUGCCCCACAAAGCUCCAUCUAUGCCAGAGAUGAUAUCCAGCUGGGUUCACAGAACACGCUCAUCUGCCACUUCACACGAUUCUUCCCUCCACCUGUCCGUGUGCGCUGGACCAAAAACAACAUGGAUGUGACGGACAAAUCCACACUCAGCCAGUACUACCCAAACAAGGACAACACCUACAACCAGUUCUCCCACCUGCCCUUCACUCCACAGGAAGGAGACGUUUACACCUGCACGGUGGAGCACAAGGCCCUGCAGAUACCCGACACCAAGACAUGGGAGGUGGAUGUGGAGCUUCCCAGUGUGGGUCCGGCUGUGUUUUGUGGAGUGGGUCUGGCUGUAGGACUGCUCGGAGUCGCUACUGGAACUUUCUUCCUCGUUAAAGGAAACCAGUGCAACUGAAGCUUCAGCCAGAAGUAAAGAGAUCACAGAAGGUUUAGAUUCCUACCAAGAAGUCUCAUUUUGAUUUUUUUCACCAAAGAACCUGUACAUCCACUAGAGUUUAAUUCAUCUGUUAAAGCAUUUAAUUUUUUUUUAUAUAAAGUUUUUAAUCUGUUCCACUGUACACCUGUGUGUUAGAUUUCUAAACUCAGUGCACAAAUCUGUUAGUAAGUCUUUCUUUUCCAAUGUAUGUAAUGUCUAAUUAAUGUUAGAAGAGAGAAUGCACAUGCAAAGUAACGUAUGCUUGCAAAUAAUAAAAUAAAUAAACUUUAUUUACGUGAAUGAUCACAUGAUUUGUGCUUCCACACAGAUGCUACAUGCAGUAGCUAGUUGCACAAGGUGCAUAAUCUGGAUUAGUCUAGUUUUAACAUAUAUAGCCACAAACCGUUACAGAAAAAUCACACACUCUUCACAUGUAAUACGUAAUCAGAUGUGAUCAUGUGAAUAAUGUGAUCACGUGAGAAAAGCAUAAGAAGGUCCAUUUUACAUUGUUUUGCUCUUAAAUUGCACGUGACAAAUUGAAAAAAAGUAUGAUCACGUUUAAAAAAAGAAAAAAUUGAAACCACUUCCCCUAGAAGUGAAAAAAUCAACAUGUGAAAAUAAACAAAUGAAAAUAGAAACACAUGCACUACAUGUAAAUAAAUGCAAAUCAUAAAGUGUCUAAAAAACUUUGUGUAAAUUUUCCGUGCUUCUUCACAUGUGUAGGUUCGAGUUUAUGGACAGCUAAAAAAAUAAAUGGUGGCACCAGC